UUGAUGACGCUUUUCCUGCUCGACUAUCGCAGCUCUUCACACGUGGAAGGGCACGGGAGUGAAAGCUUAAACCUUUUAAAAAAUAAAACCUUUUUUUCGUUGUUGAAAACGGUAGAGCUUUUCUACAACUAAUCGGAACCAUGGUGAAGCCACGGUACAAGGGCAGAAGCACCAUCAACCCCUCUGCAUCUAGCAGUAAUCCAGAUCGACCCAAGGGUGCUGGUGGAAACAAUAUGAGGGACCGGGCCACCAUCAAACGUCUGAAUAUGUACAGGCAGAAGGAACGGCGUAACAACCGGGGCAAAGUCAUCAAACCUCUGCAGUACCAGUCUUCAGUGGCUUCUGGGACAGUAGCCAGAGUGGAGCCGAACAUAAAGUGGUUUGCGAACACCAGGGUUAUCAAGCAGUCCUCGCUGCAGACGUUCCAGGAGGAAAUGGAGCAGGUGCAGAAGGACCCCUACAGGGUGGUCAUGAAGAAGAGCAAGCUUCCCAUGUCUCUCCUGCAUGACCGAGUCAAAUCCCACAAUUCAAAAGUGCACAUUCUGGACACAGAGACAUACGAGACAACGUUUGGCCCUAAAGCCCAGAGGAAGAGGCCCAGCCUGUCUGUGGUGGAUAUGAAGGACCUGGUGGAGAAGGCAGAGGCCUCAGCCGAGAGCUACGAUAAGGAGAAGGACAGGGAUCUCGUCAUGGAGACCUCUGGAGUCAGGGACGAGGCUCGAGAAGAAAUCUUCAAAAAGGGGCAGUCAAAAAGGAUCUGGGGUGAACUCUACAAGGUCAUAGAUUCAUCUGAUGUCAUUAUUCAAGUGUUGGAUGCCAGAGAUCCCAUGGGAACUCGUUCACAAAACAUCGAGUCCUAUAUGAAGAAGGAGAAACCCUGGAAGCACCUCAUAUUUGUGCUGAACAAAUGUGAUCUCAUUCCCACUUGGGUUACGAAACGGUGGGUUGCUAUCUUGUCACAGGAGUAUCCCACUCUAGCCUUCCAUGCCAGUCUCACAAACUCCUUUGGAAAAGGCUCGCUGAUUCAGCUCUUAAGGCAGUUUGGAAAGUUGCACACUGAUAAAAAGCAGAUCAGCGUGGGAUUCAUCGGUUACCCAAACGUGGGCAAGAGCUCGGUGAUAAACACUUUGCGGUCCAAGAAGGUGUGCAACGUGGCUCCCAUCGCCGGUGAGACCAAGGUAUGGCAGUACAUCACCCUGAUGCGGCGCAUUUUCCUGAUUGACUGCCCUGGAGUUGUGUACCCAUCUGGUGACACAGAGACAGAUAUCGUCUUAAAAGGAGUUGUUCAAGUAGAGAAGAUCAAGAACCCAGAAGAGCACAUUGGCGCAGUGCUUGAAAGGGCCAAGACAGAAUACAUCCAGAAGACGUACCGGAUUGACACCUGGGAGUCGGCAGAAGAUUUCUUGGAAAAACUGGCAUUCAGAUCUGGAAAACUCCUGAAGGGCGGAGAACCAGACAUGCAAACAGUGUCUAAAAUGGUCCUGAAUGACUGGCAGAGGGGGCGCAUUCCGUACUUCGUGAAGCCUCCAGUUGGAGAAUCGGAGGGGGAGCCUCAGGCUAAUCCAGGCUGCGUAGAAGAACCUGCCAGAAAUCAGGAAAUCACCCUGACAGAGCAGGCACCUGGAACAGAGGGCAGUGAAGCAGAUCCCGCAGAAACAAAGAAGCACAACCAAAUCCAGAGGAUCAUGUCAAACAUGCGGCAGAACUUUGGGAAAAUAAACGUUGCCCCCGAGUUCACCGAGGAAGAUCUAGUGCCAGUGGAAGUGUCGGACAUUUCUGACCUGUCGGAGCCAGAACAUGAGAGCUCUGAGGAGGAGGAUGACAAGAGAGGAGAAGAACAACAGGGAGAAGAGGUGCCAGUCGACCCCUCGGCACCAAACAGAACCAAGGGCAAGGGGUCUAAAGAAGUGAUCCGUGCCUUGGAUGAGAAAAUUGCCAAGUACAAGAAGUUUCUGGAACAAGCUAAAUCCAAGAGAUUUUCAGCUAUAAGGAUACCCAAAGGACUCUCAGAAAAAGUAUUCACAAAAACAGAACAGAAAACAAAGCCAGCUGAUUCUCACGCAAAAGUUCUCACAAAAGCAGGAACGAAGAGGAAAGCAGAAGAUGAUGAUGAUGAGCCUCAGAAAAAACUGACUUCAAAGGAGAAGAGAAGACAUGAACGAGCUCAGAAGUCUAAGAAAGUUGGAGUGCGAUACUACGAAACACACAAUGUCAAAAAUAAGAACAAGAACAAAAAGAAAUCCAGUGGUUUAGAGGGGAAAAAGACAAAGAAAUUGAAGCAUAGAUCUUGACGCACACAAUGUAUCAAAUAAAAUUUAAUUAUUUUAAACCAGUCUUAAUUUUUGGCCUUUUUAGAUAAUUGAAGUAAAGGUUUGUAUCUCUGUGAUGCUAUACUUUUGAGGUGGCCGUAAGGAAUAUUGAAUGCAUUUGAAACUUGAAGAAAUACAUUUUUGAGACAUUAGAAAAGCUUGGAUUAAAUAAAAAUUUCAAUUUAUCUGCCAGCCACAGAACUAUAAACCCAGAACAUGAUGGUGGAUUUCUGUUUGCUAGAGGCUACUGCCAUGAGUUCUGGUGAGUGAUAGAUGGCUUGAAGUUCUGAUUUAACUGAGGAUUCAUUUGCUUCCACUGGAGGUUAGUCAGUGUCCAUGUUCCUGUGUACAAUUGUGUGAUUCAGACAAAACAUUAUUGAUAACAUUGUGCAAAAACAAUAAGAUUUGAAACACAAGUGCCACAAGUCAUUAAAAGCUGUUUGAGUUGUUAAAUUCUAUCUGUAAGAUACUCAAGAGAAUAAGGAGAAUGUUUCAAAGUUUAAUAAAAACUUUGUGCUGUUAGAAAUCA